AUGCGAAGUAUCCUCUUGUUUCUACUAAUCGGUGCUGACAUUUAUAAUGUUCACAUAAACAGUAUUCCGUUGAACGAAAAUAGACUUCCACAAUAUCCACCCUUCGCUGGACCACAGCCACCAUUCGGACCUCCUCCACUAUUCGCACCACCUCCACCAUUCGCAUCACCACCAUCAUUCGGACAACCGCCACAGCUCGCACCACCUCCACCAUUCGCACAACCUCCUCCAUUCGCACAACCUCCACCAUUCGGAAAACCACCACAAUUCUUUCCACCGCCAUCAGGUGGUCAACCUCCACAAUUCGUUCCACCGCCAUCGAAUGGGCAACCUCCACACUCUGGGCCACCGCCAUCAGGUGGUCAACCUCCACAAUUCGUUCCACCGCCAUCGAAUGGGCAACCUCCACACUCUGGGCCACCGCCAUCAGGUGGUCAACCUCCACAAAUCGUUCCACCGCCAUCGAAUGGGCAACCUCCACAAUAUGAACCAACUCCACCAUUCGGACAACCACCACAAUUCGUUCCACCGCCAUCGAAUGGGCAACCUCCACACUCUGGGCCACCGCCAUCAGGUGGUCAACCUCCACAAAUCGUUCCACCGCCAUCGAAUGGGCAACCUCCACAAUAUGAACCAACUCCACCAUUCGGACAACCACCACAAUUCGUUCCACCGCCAUCGAAUGGGCAACCUCCACACUCUGGGCCACCGCCAUCAGGUGGUCAACCUCCACAAAUCGUUCCACCGCCAUCGAAUGGGCAACCUCCACAAUAUGAACCACCUCCACCAUUCGCACAACCUCCACAAUUCUCACCACCGCCAUCUGAUGGGCGAACUCCUCAGUUACCACCACCCCCUCCUCCAGGAUCCCCACAGGGAUCUGCACCGAUGUACCAACCACCUUCAGGUGGACAGUCCCCUCCACUCGGACUACCAAUGUCCGGCAAUGACGGAUCGAAACCCUCACCUCCAGCUGAAUCUGAACACCCAUCAGCGGAGAAAUAA